UGCUGCAUAUAGCUCUAGUAUUAUAGAAGUAACACUGUGUUUUAGAUAUCAUUGUAAAUCAUACAAAAGGCAGAAAAAAUGUCUACAAAGGGUAGGAUCCCAUCUAUGGGUAAGGAGGGAUUUAGGUCUUCCGCGAUCAGCGGAGAAAGCCGAUCAGAGGGACACUCCAAUAGUGACUCCGACGAAGAAAUCGAGCCAGGCAACGAGGUAAAGCCAGCGGCAGAUGUCACCAUUUACAAUUUAUACAACAUGGGUCCGGCCUUCGGCAAGAAGUUUCCAUUGCCUUACAUUCGCAUCAUAAUAUCGCAAGUGGUCCAAGAAAAAUUGAGGAACAAGAACUAUAAUCAAAAUGAUGCUUUGAAGUGGACUCGCGACGUCGCCGACGAAAUAAAUCUAAAGCUGAAGGGCCGCGCAUCUGCUCCGAGAUACAAGCACGUGGUGAACGUAAUGCUUUAUCAACAGACUGGAGCCGGAUGUUUCUACGGAGCACGGGCCAUUUGGGAUGAACUUUGCGAUGACUAUGAGAGCUAUACCUACGAUGGCGGCAGUUUUGUUUGCACCGCUACCGUAUUUGGUUGUUAUCAAUACUAAGUUUUAAAGCAGCAAAUAAACAUGGAAAUUGCAUAAGCUUA